GUUCAGCUCGUUUAAGAGUAAUUCGGAAGAAAAGCAAGAGAGAGAUGGAAAAAGUUGAAGCAAUGACCCCCGUCGGCAAUACUGUGCCAGGUGCUACUCUCCCUUCUCCCAAGUCUACAAAAAUAGACGAGUUUCAACUAAAUACGUACGUAGGAAAUAUAAUCCAAGUGGCCGCGUCAAGUUUACGCGAUGUUGUAAUCAGGGUGCCAUGCACCACUGAAGGGUCAAGGAAAGAUCUUAGUGAUGGCAGCACAACAACUUUAUAUGGUUCCCUGAUUUUAACCCCAUCCUUUGAUAAGGUGAAUGGAAGCGAGAGUCCUUCCAUAGUCUCUGAGCCUGAAAGUAGCUUCAGUGCGAGCUCCAGAGGAACUCCAGUUCAUUCCGAGAGAUUUAUGGCAUCACCAGCACCUGAUGCUCCCCGUCAAGAAGUGCCUGUUCAAGAGAGCUCUGCAGAUCCCCCUAUUGCUUCUUCAGCUCAGGCCCCUUCAUCGCCUGGGUUUCAGCAAAAGAAGAUUAAAUCUCGCUGGUUCAAACGGCGACGAAAGUCUUCAGCAGUUGCACCAUUAACAGAGGACAUUGAGAAAGGCCCACAGCCUCGGGUGGCUUUUGAACACUUUAAUGUUACCUGCAAGGAAAGUGACAUCAAUGGGUUUUUCACAAAAAGUGAACACCUUGAUGAAUCUGGAAAUGAAGUUUUCCUGUUGAACACGGAGAAGGUCCCUAUGGUUUCAAAACUGUUCCAAGGGUCAAAAUCAAAGGCACUCAUCAAUGAUCUCUGCUCAAAUGUUGAGGAGUACAUCAAGAACAAUUUCUUCACGGACAAGUUCACAGUUGUUAUUCAUGGAGGGGAUGAUGGUGCAAAGCUUUGUUCAAUUCAUUUGGCAAAGAAAUUUUAUAAAUUGCUCAAAAACAGGUUCACGGAGGGAUUGAACUACUGCAUCAUUUUAAGGGGAAAAUUCUCGCUGAAAGCUGUUUUCAAGCUUUCAAAACCAUUUAUUCCGAAUGAUUUCAAGCAAAAGAUUUCACUGGUUAAUGAUGUUCGUGAACUUGUUGUGUUCCAUGGUAUCCCAGAUACAAUUCUGCAAUAUGCUUAAUUUUUAUUACAUAACUACAGAUACCAUGUUAGGGUUGGGGGGGGGGGGAAUGUUUCUUGUCUUUCUUUGUAAAUAUUUUGUAAACAGUCACAUUCAAGAACUCUCUUUGAUUUCUUGUCUACUUUAUUAUACCAUGUCAGGGACAGGGGGGGAGUGGUUCUUUUCAUUUCACAUAUUCAACAAAUUUCUGAAAAUUCUAUCAUUACCAAUGUUGCAUGCAGCCCAUGGCAGAGUAGUUGUCAAGAUGUUGCACUGCUGUCACAUGCACAAUUGGUGCUUGUUGAUAUACUUAGUCUAGUAGGUUGUACGUUAGAGGUCAUCAAGAUUUCUCAGUGUCAUUGUUUGGCCUAAUAGGAUCAUGUCAGGUUUGCUCCGCAUGCUGCAAGACAAAACACCCAAAAGCUGACUAAAACCUAGUCACUGACUUAUUCUCUUGACGAUACAUUUUAGGUGCAUUUUUUAGGAUUUUCAAAUUUUAGGGCUUUUUUAGGAUUUUCAAAUUUCGGUUUUUUUUUUUUCAAAUGUAUCUUGAAGAGAAUAAGUCUUGACUAGGUAUUAGUUAGCUUUAUUUACCUUGAAGAUGUAAGCUUCUGAGCAUUUUUUUUUUCCACAUGGAGGCAUGCAUUUGAGGCAGGAACAAGGUUCACUGUGUUCUUACUAAGACAUUCAUAAUGGAUAAGAUGCUUUCCAUAUCAGUCAUCUUUUUUAGUGCUAAAUGUGACAGCAACCGAAUACUGUGCAGCAAGCAGACUGUUAUAAUUUUUUUAUAACUAACUACUAUCACAAGUUGGGCAUUUAUUUGUUUCUGUAAACUAAAAGAUGAAAAUAAAAAAAAAUGGGAUUAUUA